AUGGCAGUAGGAAGAGGAGACAAAAAAAGACCGUUUAGCAAUGCAGGCCGACAGGGAGGACAGCCAAACAGAUUCCAGAACAAAAAACAGGGGGCAAAGUCAAAGGAAGUUGUUCUGCAGCCCCACCCCAGAUUUAAAGGCGUGUUUUUAGCCAGAGGAAAAGAAGAAACACUUGCAACGCGCAAUUUAACGCCGGGCGUGUCUGUGUACGGAGAGAAGAGGAUUCUUGCAGGCCCAGACGACAACAAAGUGGAGUACAGAGCAUGGAACCCGUUCAGAAGCAAGCUUGCUGCAGGGAUCCUUGGAGGCCUCGAGAACAUCCACAUUGUGCCCGGAUCAAAGGUGCUGUACCUUGGCGCAGCAUCGGGGACAAGCGUGUCGCACGUAUCAGAUCUCGUGGGCCCAGAGGGAGUGGUGUACGCUGUUGAGUUCAGCCACAGAUCAGGAAGAGAUCUGCUCAGCCUGGCAAAGAAAAGAACAAACAUUGUGCCGAUCAUUGAAGACGCUAGGCUGCCGCAGAGAUACAGAAUGCUUGUGCCAAUAGUCGAUGUUAUUUUUGCAGAUGUAGCACAGCCAGAUCAGGCAAGAAUUGUUGGGCUCAAUGCAAAAUACUUCCUGAAGGAGAAGGGAGGAGUUGUCAUCUCCAUCAAAGCAAACUGCAUUGACUCAGUCAAGGCCCCUGCUGAGGUGUUUGCAAACGAAGUGAACAUCCUGAGAAAACUAGACAUCAAGCCAAAGGAGCAGACAACUCUGGAGCCGUACGAGAGAGAUCACGCAAUAGUCGUUGGAAUAUUCAGAGACUCGAAAUAG